ACUUCAAGGUGGAACAAGAAAGUUUGACAGCGGCUGUGUGGAACUCCUCCUCAGACGGAAGUGUUGUCUUCAGCUCGCUGCCGGCGGCCGCAGGUCGUGACCAUGGUGCUGAAACAGUGUCAUCCGCGACUCAAGCUUUUUGUUUUUAACCACCCGGAGAAGAAGUGCUGUGAUCCGUCUGCUUUUAACCGGGACAGAGUGGGCAGUUCUCUCGCGACCGCGUCGACUCUGGCGGCCGUGAACACAUCACCGAGUUCCCCGCGUUUCGUCUGCGAGGAGCCGCGCGGAGAGAAACGAGCUGCGGGGCGGAAGAUGUUACAUCUGUCUGCCGGGACGCAAGUGUCUGUGAGAGGUAACCGAGAGCUGAGUACCUCCACCAGAGCCUUCCAGUACGACCUGAAACCAGACAUACCAAACUCGGAGGGCCGCAAGCUGUUUUUCGACACGCAUGCGGUGGUUCGACUCUUUGAAGAAAAUGGUUUCACAACUCAGCAAGCUGAGGUGAUGGUGAAAGUAUUGGUGAGGAUGACAAACUCCAACAUGGAUGUCAUCUAUAAUGACAUGGUUACCAAAACGCAGCAGGAGAUAAUGCUGCAGCGUGUGAUGUCUCAGAUAGCAGCUGUAAAGAAGGACAUGAUAAUCCUGGAGAAGAGCGAGUUCUCCGCUUUACUGGCUGAGAGUGAGAAACUCAAGAUCCAGUUACUACUACUCAAGGUCCAACUGGCUGAUGUCAUGAAUAAAGUGCGCUCAGACACUAUUUUGGACAUGAAUUUGGAGAAAAGCCGCGUAAAGGAACUGAAAGCACAGCAUGAAAGGAAGCUGCUGGAAACACGAACUGAAAUCAUGGAAAUGACUUCAGAGCAAGAUCGUCAUUUGACUCAGACAAACAUGAAAAUUGACACUGAAGUGGCUGGUUUGAAAACCAUGUUAGAGUCUCAUAAACUGGAUACUAUAAAAUACCUUGCAGGUUCAGUGUUCACUUGUCUCACUGUGGUCCUGGGGUUCUAUCGCAUUUGGAUGUGAACUGGUACCAGUAAACAGAAUGCCCCUCUGACAACCCCAGUAUUCAUGUCAGCUGAUGUUUUGACCAGGGCCAUCAGAGAAGAGCACACGGUCCUCGAGCCCACCUGCUGUACCAAGGACAAGGGCUGUGCUUAUGACUUUCACAUGACCUCUGGUAGUACUUGAACUUUCAGUGUCUCAUCUGGAUCGGAGAACAAGUCUCUUUCACUUUGGACCUCAUUUCAUUGAUCAGAAUUUUUGUUUGUGCUGCAUUCUUAUUCUUUGACAUAAUUCUUUGAUAAAAUGAUUAUCUGAGAAGUAGUCGUAAAGGAAGGAAGACUAUUUCAACGUUUUAAAAAAAAUCUCUCACACAAACGGACACAAUAAAUGAGCUAAAACAGAGUUAUUUUUGGCCCUCGUAACAUUGUUAAUUAAUGUUCCUUCAUGAAUGUUUUCGUACAGCGGACAGUGAUUAAGAAGCUUCAAUCUACCUGCAGGAAUCAGAUAAUGCUGAUUGUCAAAUAUGUGACGUAAAGUUAUUUAAUCGUGUGUAAAUAUUUUAUUUUAUCUAUGUAUGUAAUAAGAUGUAACUAGGCACUAGGAACUCCGAAGGGAUUUAUGUAACCACUAUGUUACUUUUUAGAUAUUUUACCUGUAUGUAUGUUUCUAGCUUGUGGUUUCAGAAAUGUUUUAACUGAUGUAAUUGAAUGAAAUUCACUGUCAAUAAAUAUACACUGCUAACAAA